AUGGAGGCUGUCUACCUGGUGGUGAAUGGGGUGGGCCUGAUGCUGGACUUGCUGACCUUGGUGUUGGAUCUCAACUUCUUGCUCGUGUCCUCCCUCCUGGCUACCUUGGCCUGGCUUUUGGCCUUCAUCUACAAUCUGCCACAUACAGUACUGACGAGUCUUCUGCACUUGGGUCGAGGAUUCCUGCUCUAUUUGGUGGCCUUAGUUGAAGCAGUGGUCCGAUUUACCUUCGGGGGAUUGCAGGCCUUGUGUACUCUUCUCUGCAGCUGCUACUCGGGCUUGGAGAGCUUAAAGCUGCUGGGGCACCUGGCUUCUCAUGGAGCUCUGAAGAGCCGGGAAUUACUGAACAGGGGUAUCCUGAACAUGAUCUCUAACGGUCAUGGUUUGCUACGCCAGGCCUGUGACAUCUGUGCCAUUGCCAUGAGCUUGGUGGCCUAUGUGGUCAAUAGUCUGGUCAAUAUUUGCCUCAUUGGCACUCAGAACUUCUUCUCCCUGGUGCUGGCCCUGUGGGAUGCCGUGACAGGGCCUCUUUGGAGGAUGACAGACGUGGUGGCUGGUUUCCUUGCUCACAUUUCCAGCAGCGCUGUGGCCAUGGCCAUUCUCCUGUGGACCCCUUGCCAACUAGUCCUGGAGCUGUUGGCCUCGGCCGUCCGCGUCCUGGCCAGCUGUGUGCUUUUCCACCUCACCGGUUUGGUGUUGCUGGCUUGUGUGCUGGUGGUGAUUCUGAUUGCGUUGCACCCAGAACAAACCCUGAGGUUGGCCACCCGAGCUCUCAAUCAGCUUCACGCCCGCCCAUCCUACCACCGGCUUCGAGAGGAUGUUGUACGGCUGUCUCGCCUUCCACUAGGUCUAGAGGCUUGGCGCAGAGUCUGGAGCCGAAGCCUACAGCUGGCCAGCUGGCCAAAUCGGGGAGGAGCACCGGGAGCCCCCCAAGGUGGCCCCAGGAGGGUGUUCUCAGCCAGGAUCCAGCCCCAGGAUCCUCUACCUGAAGCAGAUGAGGAGGUCAUCAGAACAGCAGCUGCUAGAGGCCGGGAGAGACUCAAUGAGGAGGAACCUACAGCUGGUCAAGACCCAUGGAAGUUGCUGAAGGAGCAAGAAGAGCGGAAGAAGUGUGUCAUUUGCCAGGACCAAAGCAAGACGGUGCUGCUUCUGCCCUGCCGGCACCUGUGCCUGUGCCAGGCUUGCACCGAGAUCCUCAUGCGCCACCCCGUUUACCACCGCAACUGCCCGCUCUGCCGCCGCAGCAUCCUGCAGACCCUCAAUGUCUACCUCUGAAGACUCCCUCCCUGCCUGCCCGUCCUUUGUGCUCCACACACCAGGACAGCAUCAACAUUUUGCCUCCGGGUUCUGGCCUGAGUCCUCUUUGCCCUGAAGGUGUCUCUGCCAAGCCUCAAGCCAUAUAUCCAGGACCUGUAGCUGGAAUACUCCGGAAGACUCCAGUCUGGGUGGGACAGAGUAACACUUUCUCUAAAUGCUGUGUGGGGCCCUGAGAUGCUGAGGGUGGUGAGUAUGUCACUAUGCAAGGGCCCUGAGACUCUGUGGUGGGCUCUUCUGCACCUGCCCACCCAGAUGCCUGCCUCUAGGGCUGUCUUUCUCUGCUUCUGGCUUUUUUUUGUUGGGAGUUUUUGGUCCUAUUCCCCCAAGGCCACGCCACAUCAGUGUCAUUUGAGGAUUUUGGCAACUCAUGGACCUUGGAGUGAUCUUGAUUUUCUCUCUCUCUCUCUCUCUCUCUCUCUCUCUCUCUCUCUCUCUCUUUCUUUCUUUUGUUUAUUCUUGGUUUGGAAUGAUCUUGGGCCUUUAUGUUCAGCCAGAACCUCUGCCCUGGUGGGUGUGGUACUAGAAACCCGCAGGUGUCCUUAGAGCCACUUCUGCCUGUCAUUGUCUUUUAAAGACUCCCAACUUGACUAGAACCUGGGGUCAAGAGUUUAUCCCUGGGUACAGGGGUGCAGCUACACCUGGCUUUGGGACCAUUUACCCUCAGGCACCCCAGCUCUAUGGGGAGCCUCAGAAAGAACAACCAGAUGUCUACUCAUUCCCUACUUGGCAUAGAACAUAGCAUUCCUCCAGGGCUCUCUCCAACAGUGGAGAGGGCAUUCUGCACUUUUCACUAGGGUCCGAACAAGGGGCUAGGCCUCAGGGGUCAUAGCUCCAGUAAGUCGGAACGCCCAGUUUCUAUGAAUAAAGUUCUGUUGACAGCUC